GUCUGCAUGGAGGACGUGAUUCUGCAUUAUCUGCCUGGAUCAGCAGACGGGCUCAGCUCUCUCUUAGAGCGAACAGAGCAGCUGCUGAAGCCUUUCACCUGUCGGACCCCCCCGGUCUUCACCCUCUGGUUUCCCACCGCUGCAGGAGACCACCGGCUGCCCCUCAGACCUGCCAAACCUGCUCCUCGUAUCUCCUCCACUGAUGUCGUCACGGUGACGGCAUGUCAAACAGAAAACAAACCACAGGGAGACAUCAGUGACGGCCUCUCAGCUGACGCCCACAGAAUCUGUGCAGAAACUCUGCAUGAAAGCCCAGAAAAAACUGGAGACACUUUCUGUGUCUCAGAGACGCCAAGCAGUCUCAUCCCAGAGAGAGAAACCACCACGCCGGAAAAAGAUGUUCUACCUGUCAGACGGUCCUGGACCAUCUUCACGCAGAGACGAGUUCUGCUGGAGCCCCUGUCCGAACGGUUCCGUCACAUGGUGUCCGUCCAGGCACUCCACCUCCGCCAGAGGGCCAAGUGGGUGAUCACCAAAGACAACUGCAGGGACAUUGAAAAAGUGUGGCGCUCUCUGAGCCGGUCCGUCUGGAGCGCCAGGCUGCCGACGUGUAACGCCAACAUCCAGAGGGAGCGGGCGGAGAUCUGGGUGUUCUGUGACGUUCUGCACUCGGAGCAGGUGGGACGGUUCCUGAAGGACGAGCUGCAGCUGUCGGGGAGGAUCAGCCUGUCGGUCCGUAAGCUGGGAAACAUCUUCAGCAUGUAGAGAAGCUCACGGUGGGAUUCAUCUGGACUUCUGCUCCUCUCCAGAUGUUUGGGUCACUGUACUGAGGAGUGGAGCCUGAAGGAGGCAGUAAAGAUCAGUCCACACAAUGAUUUGUUUAGAAUCCUGGUUUAGG